AGCAAGCGGUUUGACUUAGUGGCUCAGCCCCUUCCUUCAAAGAAAUGGGAUGGCGAUGACCUCGCGCUUCACAAGCACCUGGACAAGUAUCCGUCGGUUUUAUCUGUUAUCGAUCGACGCCGAGAAGAGGCGAACAGGCAGCUAUCGCGCAGCGAAGGAGUCGCGAUUUUUAACAAGCGGGAUCAGGUUGUAUCCCCUUCAAAGAGCGCGACCUUUUGAGCAUGCGCCAAAUCUUCUUUAAUAUCACCUCGCAAGAAAUGAAACAGCGAACCGUGAUUGCAUUUUUGUAUGCUCUGCUUCUGUUGGUGUUGCGAUAGCGAUACUAAGCGAGUCCCCGUCCGCACUCGAACGCAUCAGGGGCUUCUAUAACAUUCAUACGUGGUCGUGCGAAAUGAAAAAAAGGAAGCUGAACGAUGCCACCGAUACUGGUGAUUCUCCUUUGUUGCAACAUGUCAUCGAUAGGGGUGUCGCACUUGCUGAAGCCAAAGCGUGUCUCGCUGAAGCAUUUGAAGCAGAACGAAGAGCAUAGAGCUUAUGACAUAGCGAGAAGCGACGUGUGCAUGAAGCAUGCAGCUGUGAGUUGGCUCUGUAGGCGGGAUACGCGGCGGAAAAACAACACGUAAACGCGCAUUCUGCGACUGGACGCGACGGAAGUAGGGAAGGCCACGCAAGC